AACGGACAGCAACCAGCCCGAGCCAUGCCGUCAGUUCCCGGGGCAGAGGACAACAGCGCAGACACAGUGCGUUUCUCUCUCUUGACCAACGGGCUGCUGCUUGUGGGCUUCGUCUUGGCCUACGAGUUGCUGCUACGGAGGCGGGAUGCUCGUGGCCAGCUGGCGCCCAAGCUGCCUGCGCCGGAGCGCGUGGGCGUCCUGUGCUCGCGGUUCCCCUCGCUGCUCUCCGGGGGCUUCUGCGCGUGGGCGGCCUCCGCGUGGCAGAGCCGGCAUCAGCCACUGGACCUGGAGCCGGAUGCGCUGAUCUUGGUGCGCUUCUGCCAGCUGGGCUUGAAGUUCAGCCUGCUGGGCACUGCCCUGUCCUUGAUCCUUCUGCCAAUGUACGCGACUGGGCCUGGUGAGGCGGCCGGCUUCAACGUGCUUAGCCUCUCCAACUUGAAGAUCGGUGGCUCAACCCGCUUUUGGUGCGUCGUCGUUGCUGCAUACAUGCUGACCUCCACCUUUGCGUACCUGGUUCUUGCAGAAUGGCGGGUAUUUGUCAGCAUCCGCAGGCAGCACUUUGUAAAAGCGGUCUCAGGCGCCUGUGGCGCCGCUGCUGCACAGACCCGCAGGUCCUUGAUGGUACAGGAGGUGCCAGAGAACAGCUGGUCGGAUCUCGGCGUCACGGCCUUCUUCGAGCGGAUCUAUGGCCGGGGCGCUGUGUACUGCUGCACCCGCGCCGGGACCUGCGACUCGAGCUCGGGGUCGGCUGGGUUGGGCUUGGGACUCAACGCUCAGCCGGCGGCGCAGCUGCUGCAGGCGGCCGGGGUGGCGGCCGUCGGCUCCACGGCCUUCGUCACCCUGCGGUCCGCCGAGCAGUGCGUGGCGGCGCCGCAGGUGGUGUUGAGCCACGCGCCCGGCUGGCAGGUCUGCGCUGCGCCGGAACCCCGGGACUUGGUGUGGCAAAAUGUGACGAGGCCGCUGGCCCAGACGAAACUGCACCACAGACUUGGCAUGGCGGCUACGGUGUUAUGUAUGCUUUUCUGGUCUGUGCCAGUGACGCUUAUUCAGGCCUGGGCCAACAUUGGUACGCUUUCGCGCUGGUUUCCCGCUGUCACUGACUUGAAAGGGAUAUCGCCCACUGCCUACUCCUUCCUCACAAGCUAUUUGCCAGUCCUCGCCCUGAUGGGCUUGCAGGCAUGCCUGCCUGCCGUGUUUGGUGCCAUGGCUCAGGGCUACGAGGGCCACACCACCAAGUCAAGGAUCCAGCGCACUAUCCUUAGCCGCUGCUUCAGCUACCAGCUGGCCUCCUUGUACGUCACGGUGCUUUCCGGCUCCUUGUGGGAUUCUUUGCAGGAGAUCCUGGACCACCCUCAGCAGGUGCUUGACAUUCUGGCCCACUCCUUGCCAAAGGCCAAUGUUUACUUUCUGACCUUUGUGUUGGCAAGGGCUUGUACCGGCAUUCCUUUUUUGCUCCUGCACACGCAGUUCUUUUGCUCCUGUCGCAGGGAUGCACAAAAGAAGAUAGCUUGCGCAUACGGCUAUGAGGCUUCCAACAUUGCCUUGGUGUUUGUUAUUGGCCUCUCGUACUCGUUCAUUGCCCCGGCUAUUCUGCCAGUCUGCGCCGUUUACUUUGCAUUUGCUGCACUUUGCUACCGGUGGUUGUUCCUUUAUGUUUAUGAUGCGGAGUUUGACAGCGGCGGGGCAUUUUGGUAUGACCUCUUCAACUGUGUGCUGGUUGGUUUGCUCCUUAGUACCUUAUCCUUGCUUGGUUUGGCAGCACUCUAUGGCACCUACAUGCAGCUGCUGGCAUUGCUUCCGCUUCCCUUCUUGGUAGUUUACUUGGCACUUCACUGCUGGAAGAGUGGGUGGAAGUCUCGAUGGACCUCAUUGGAGGACGCCGUGCAGGCAGAUGAGAGCGAUUCUGUCCUGUCCACCUUCGACCCGGACCUGUACAAAGAACCCCAGUGAGUGGGGUGGGAGUCAACCCAGGACAGCACGUCUGACACGUGCGUGUCUCAGACCGCUCGUGCAGCGCACCGACCGAUCGAAAGCACCUGCGUCAUGCACUGC